AUGGAAGUGACCAACGGUUCCCUACAUUACCCCUCCAUCCUGCACAUGGAAUUCAGUCCGUUUAAUGACAUUAUGGACGACAACGAGACGAACUCCACCGUGGGAGAGCAGAACCUGCUGGGCUGCGUGCAGAUCCGCAUCCCGCAGGAGCUGUUCCUGGCCCUGGGCGUCAUCAGCCUGCUGGAGAACAUCCUGGUGGUGCUGGCCAUCAUCAAGAACCGCAACCUGCACUCGCCCAUGUACUACUUCAUCUGCUGCCUGGCCGUGUCCGACAUGCUGGUGAGCGUCAGCAACGUGGUGGAGACCGUGUUCAUGCUGCUCAACGACCACGGCCUGCUGGACCUGCACCCGGGCAUGCUGCGCCACCUGGACAACGUGAUCGACGUGAUGAUCUGCAGCUCCGUGGUGUCCUCUCUGUCCUUCCUGUGCACCAUCGCUGCAGACCGAUACGUCACCAUCUUUUACGCGCUGAGAUACCACAGCAUCAUGACCACGCAGAGGGCCGUCACCAUCAUCGCGCUGGUGUGGCUGGUCAGCAUCACCGCCAGCAUCCUCUUCAUCGUCUACUACACCGACAACGCGGUCAUCGUGUGCCUCAUCACCUUCUUCUGCAUCACGCUGGUGUUCAACGCCGUGCUGUACCUGCACAUGUUCCUGCUGGCACACGUGCACUCCCGGCGCAUCACGGCCUUCAACAAGAGCAGGCGCCAGUCCACCAGCAUGAAGGGGGCCAUCACCCUCACCAUCCUGCUCGGGGUCUUCAUUAUAUGCUGGGGGCCGUUCUUUCUCCACCUCAUCCUCAUACUCGCCUGCCCCAAUAGUCCGUUCUGCAAGUGCUUCUUUAGUAACUUUAACCUUUUCCUCAUCCUCAUCAUCUGCAACUCGCUCAUUGACCCGCUCAUCUACGCGUACCGCAGCCAGGAGCUGCGCAAAACGCUGCAGGAGCUGGUCCUGUGCUCGUGGUACUUCGGCGUGUGA